CCACUUGCGGCGUUGUGAAUCGUAGUGAUGGUUACUAUGACAACCGUUCAAGCAAGUGAGUGAAAAUUUUUUGUUGCACAUUCGGACCUUGCUGUCGCCACAAUUUAUUUUAGGUGCGGAGUCCGCCGUUGUUAGUACUUCGAUACAACAGCAUAAAAAUGGCAAUUGCGGCAGCUCAACCUCACCAUAUUUUUGGAUUGAGAUCGAACAUCAAUGGAAAUAUCAACUACCUGGAUGAACAAACCAUAGUUUUUCCCUCAGGAAAUCAAGUUGUCCGAUUCAAUGUCGAUCAAAAGCAACAAAAAUUUAUUCCGGGCUCGGAUAAAUCUCGGGGAAUGACAGCAAUUGCUCUAAGUCCAAAUCGAAGAUAUGUUGCUGUUGCAGAACGUGGUGAAAAACCAACAGUUACAGUUUUUGAUUUGUUACAUGAUCAAUCGAAAAAAAGAAAAAUGUUGACUUGUCCAGAGCUGCAGACACAUGAAUAUGUAAGCUUGUCAUUUUCUCCUGACUCAAAAUACUUGAUAGCUCAAGGUGGAAAACCUGAAUGGACACUGGUGUAUUGGGUUUGGGAAAAAUCUAAAGUCAUGGCAACAAUGAAAACGACAAAUCAGGCUGGACAACCAAUAUAUCAAGUAAGCUUUAAUCCACAAGACAACACACAGAUUUGUGUAACAGGAAAUCACAUUUUCAAAUUAUUUCGAUAUGCUGAAGGAAAUUUAAAACAAUUUGGAUUUCAGAAGUUGGAACCUCAGAAUUUUCUUUCUCAUGCUUGGGUAUCUGAUGAACGUGUUGUCGUGGGAAAUGAUUCGGGACAUAUACUUUUGUUUGAAAAUGGGGAAAUGAAAGCUGAUUUCUAUGUUUCUCUGACAGCAGGAACGUCUUCAGAUGCAAGACAAAGUAUCAGCAUCAUUCCUGAAGAUGCAACAAGUGCAACAACCAACACCUCAGAUCCUCGUGUAGCAUCGAUUGUUGCUUAUUCCAAGGGUUUCGCAUGUUCUGCUGGUCUUGGUAAUGUUCAUCUCUACGAAAAAACUGAUGAUCGAGAUCUCUAUAGAAAAGUCAGGGUUGUAAAGGUACCACCAGAUCCACAUAGUACUGAUCCAUUACAAGCAGAAACUCAACAGGUGUUAUCUCUCACUGUCAGUCCAAGUGAAGAAAGUUUAGUUGCUGCAACUGAUCACAGUCAACUUUAUAGCAUCGCCUUGUCUUCUGCUGAACUCAGCAAAGGUGAUCAGGCUUUCUUUGAGCCUCUUGUUCAUUCGUUCCACAGUAGCGGAGUUACUGGACUAGAUGUUUGUAUUAGGAAGCCUCUCAUUGCUACAUGUUCUGCUGACAGAUCUGUUAGAAUUUGGAAUUAUGAAACCAAUUCUCUGGAAUUGUAUAAAGUGUUUCAAGAGGAAGCAUUCAGUAUUGCUCUUCAUCCUUCUGGAUUGUAUAUUCUUGUAGGAUUCAGUGACAAACUGCGACUCAUGAAUAUACUUAUUGAUGAUAUUCGUAUCUUUAAAGAAUUCACUAUACGUGGAUGCAGAGAGUGUGCAUUCAGCAAUGGUGGACAUUUGUUUGCUGCAGUUCAUGGAAAUGUUAUCCAAGUAUAUUCAUCAACUACAUUUGAAAAUGUAUCAAAUUUAAAAGGUCACAACGGAAAGGUUCGAUCAAUCGCUUGGACUGCUGAUGACAGUAAGCUGAUAUCUGCUGGAAUGGAUGGUGCAGUUUACGAAUGGUCAACGGCAACUGCAAAACGUGUAAAUGAAGCUGUUUUAAAGACAUGUGCUUACACCGGCGUUACUGCUUCACCAAAUGGAAAACAUACUUAUGCCGUUGGUUCAGAUAAAUCUCUCAAAGAGAUAACUGAAUCUCAGAUACUUCGGGCAGUAGAUGCAGGAGGUGCAACUCUAACACAAGUUGCAAUGUCACAUUCUGGAAGGAUGUUAUUUUGUGGAACAACUACGGGAAGUCUUCGUUCUAUAAAAUAUCCAUUGACUGAAACUGGUGAAUUCACUGAACAUCAGGCUCAUGCUGCACAAAUCACCAAGAUGAAAAUUACAUAUGAUGACCAAUAUUUGGUGACUGUAUCCGAAGACGCUUGUUUGAUGACUUGGAAGAUUGCUGACAAAGAGGGAAGAGGAGUCAAACAUGACAGAGAAGUUCCAUUUGCUGAAGAGAUUCUCAUAACGAAAUCAGACUUGGAAGAAAAGAACCAACUUAUGUCAGAACUUAAAACUCGAGUAGAAGAAUUGAAGAUGGAAAAUGAAUAUCAACUGAGAUUAAAGGACAUGAAUUAUAAUGAAAAGAUCAAAGAACUAACAGAAAAAUUUAUCCAGGAAAUGGAAAGUUUAAAAACAAAGAAUCAAGUCUUGAAGACGGAAAAGGAGAAAGAAGGAGCAAAACAUGAAGAGGAAGUUGCUGAAGUUAUCGAUAAACAUUCAAAAGAAAUGCAAGAUCUAGAGUCGACUAACAAUCAGAAACUGAUGUCCGAGUAUGAGAAAUAUCAAGAAUUGCAAGCGACCUCACAACGCAUGCAAGAAGAUUAUGAAAGACAACUACAAGAAGCAGAAGAUUCAAAAGAACAUGCACUUGAGGAAUUGACUGAAUUUUAUGAAACUAAAUUGCAAGAAAAGUCAACAAUGCUGGAUCAAGCUAAUGAUGAAGCAAGACAACAAAAUCGGGAAUAUGAGGAAACAAAGAAACAAAUCGAGGAAGAUGCUGAUCGUGAAAUCCUUGACAUUAAAAAUAAAUAUGAGAGAAGAUUGAGAGAUGAAAUUGAAACAAAUAUGAGAUUGAAAGGAGAAUCUGGCAUCAUGAGAAAGAAGUUCAACAGCCUCAACAAAGAAAUUGACAGUAAAAAUGAGGAAAUAAAAACAAUGCAACAAGAAAAACAGAAAUUAGAAAAUGUCAUUAAAUCACUUGAGAAAGACAUUCAUGGAUUAAAAAAAGAAAUUCAAGAAAGAGAUGAAACGAUCCAGGAUAAAGAGAAACGAAUCUACGAUUUGAAGAAGAAAAAUCAAGAAUUGGAAAAAUUCAAGUUUGUUCUGGAUUAUAAAAUCAAAGAACUGAAAAAACAAAUUGAGCCAAGAGAGAAUGAUAUUAAGCUGAUGAGAGAACAAAUACAGGAAAUGGAAAGCGAAUUGGAAAGAUUCCACAAGUUGAACACACAACUGGAAUUGAAUAUUACUGAAUAUAAACAAAAGUUGAGAGCUACUGAUGAAGAAUUACGUAUGGAGCGACAACGAGUUCGUGAUGUUGAAGCAAUUAUCAAGCGAAUCAAAACUGACCUUCAUAACUGUGUCGGAAAUAUUCAAGACCCUAAAAAGUUGAAGGAAUCGAUCAAAGAAGCGUAUGAGAAACAUGUGCAUGAUGACACAGUUGAAUCUAGUGGAGUAGAUGCUGAUAUUCAAAAAGAAUACGCAAGACAAAGAGAACACUUGGAACGAUCUGUGGCAUCUCUCCGUAAAAAACUUUCUAAGGAUACAGAAAUUCACAGGGCUGACAAUGUCCGCAUCAUGCAGGAAAAUGUUAUGUUGAUCAAAGAAAUCAAUGACUUACGUCGGGAAUUAAAAUUAUCUCGGACUCAGGUUCACGACCUCGAAGCCACUCUGGGAACCAACCGUGCAAACAGAGGGGCAAACAAUGUUGGGCGACGACUUGAAACUGCAGCUACAACAAUAUCUGGAGGAAGCGGACCUCAAAGUGUCAUGAGACAAAAUCCUGAAGAAGAAAUUCCUCGCAUCAUCGAAAUGCAAAAAACAGAGAUUAGAAAGCUGAGAAAUCAGGUGAUGGAUAUGGAGGAGCAAUUGAGUAGACGUCCCCCAUCUGGUACAAGACUUCCACCAAUGGUACUUUCACAGUGAUGUUAUUUAUUUUGGAUAAUUCAGAACAGCCAACUUGUGUUUUUAUUUUCAACUACUCAUAGUUCACAUAUAGCUUUGUGUGUUAUUUUAUGUAAAAAAGAUUAACUGUAUGCAUAUGUUACCAUAAUAAACAAGAGAACUUCAUGA